ACAGCAAAACGUUUAACUCUAGGACUGAGGAUUAUGAUUCUGUUUUACUCAGCAUUAGACCUUUUGCAUUGAAAGCCAACAAGAAAUAAUUGAGAUAGUCCAUCAAUAGUGGAGUUAGAUAUCUAUUAGCAGAAUGUAUCGAGUAAGGGUAUGUUCUUACUGUCCCUCGGAAACAAUUUUCUACUGCAACAGCUGUGGAAAGGAUCUGUGUCGACCCUGUAAGGGGAAACACAUGAUAGACUUGGACUGUUACAACCAUGACGUGGUUCUUUACCGUGAGAGGUACGGCUACUUUAUCUACCCGGAAUACUGUGAGGUACACAAGGGUAAGGUGUACAAUAGAUGGUGUGAUGAUUGUAACUUUCCUUUUUGUGAUGUGUGUUAUGAAGAAAAAGGAGGCGAGCAUAACGGGCAUGAUGUUCAGGAUCUAGAGACAGUGUAUAAACAUUAUCGAGAAGAGUAUAGGAAAAUAAUCGCUGAAAUCAGAUGUGAGGUGCUGCCAAACAACCGUGCUAUUUUGGCCGGAAUCGAACCGGAUAUAGCAGCGUGCGAGACUGAAAUUGCCAACCUGGAGGAGAAAAUGAAAGAGAAGGCAGAGAGGCUGAAAAAAAUGAUCGAUGAAGUGUUAGCCAAGGAUUGUCCUAAGAAACUACAGCAGCUGGAAAAAGAAUUGAUUGAUAGAUUAAACCGUCAGUGUGAGGACAUGGAGAAACAUAUUGCUUACCUUCGAGAAUUGGUCUACAAGUACGAACACUCUGCUAACAAACCUGCAGAAUUCUUAUGUUUUCUCAGAGAUAAUCCACUCACAGACAUAAAGGACAUCCCAGAUAGCUGUACUGAACUUCCCAUCCUGAAAUAUAAUGAAGAAGUCACAAAAGAGGAUGUUAUUAAAUUACUGGGGGAAAUUAAAAUUACAGAAGUCGGCAUCAGACAGGCACAGAAUGAGCACAUGCUUAAGAUGAUACCAGAAGUCAUUCAACUGCGAUCAUUCACAAAAGAAGGCGUUAAAUCCACACGCCACAUUUCAGGUGUGACAUCCAGGAAAAUCUGGGUCAGCGAUAGAAAUAACCUGAUCUUGGCAGACGAGUCAGGGAAAACAGUACAUCAAGUGAAAGAUAAGCUGGAUCGUGAAUCAGGGGUGCAUACCGCAAGAGAGGAAGAGGAAGAGCUGAUCUACAUUGAUAAAAAAUUAAAUGUAAAAAAACUGUCCAAAGACAACAAAACGGAAACCAUCCUUGUUAGGAGAGAGGAGAACUGGGAGCCUCUGAGUGUAUUCUGUACAUUGGAAAAAGGGGAUAUUCUGGUGGCGAUGAUGAUCCACUCUAUAGCUCAGGCCAAAGUGGUGCGAUACAACAACGAAGGGAAAGAGGAACAAACAAUCCAAUUUGAUGAUGACAAUGAGGCACUGUACAACAUACCGCGAUUUAUCACAGAGAACCACAAUGGAGAUGUGGUGGUGUCUAACCAUAUGGAAGCCCGCGGCACUGUGGUGGUCACUGAUAGCAGUGGAAAACACCGCUUUUCCUUCACGGGUCCUCCCAAAGAAUCAGGAUUUAGACCAGGUGGAAUAUGUGUUGAUGGACUAGGGAAUAUCCUGGUGUGUGAUGAACACACCAACACUGUCCAGCUGAUAGACAAAAAUGGCCAAUUUCAGCGGUACUUGCUGACAGAAAAUGAUGGAAUUGAAAAACCUCGAAGUCUGGGUUACUGCAACAAAGACCAUGUUGUCUUGGUUGGCUCUGCUUCCAGUGGUAAAAUUUCAGUCCAUCGACACCUGAACAGGCAGGACUAUCUGGCAGUACCUUUACUCUCAGAAGAAGACCUUGAAAAGAAGAAGAAGAAAAAGAAGAAGAAGAAGACCACAACUGAUGCAGAUACUGCAGUAUGAGAACUUCUCAGCAUAAUGAAUGAUGGUCAAGGGUCGGCAAAGUUCCAGGAUUAGGAUAUAUUGAUCCUGUUGAGGUUGUUCUAGUGUGAGAUUUAGUAGGAGAAUUUUCAGGGUGGGAAUACAUAUAUUUCUGUAUCGGGAAUGAGGAUGCUUCAGCAUUUGAAAUGAUGCAGAACAGAAAAUCCCAAAUGGUAAAACAGACAAAGCAGUAUAUUAAGUCAAGUAAAGCUUAAGUACAAGGCAAUGUACAUGUAUUACUUAUGCAUAUUGUAUGAAAACUCAAAAAGCACUAGUAAGUUAAAC